AUGAAGUCUUACAUUGCAAAACUUGAAGCUACUAACGUUGCAGAGAAGCCGUGGCAGAUGAUAGGAGAGGUGACCUCCAAGGGACGAGGGGAGAACACAUUACUAGAGGAGGACUUGAUGUUUAAGGAUGCUUCAAGGCCAGCACCUGAGAUCACUGAAGAAGUGACUCUUACUUUAGAAGAAAUUAUCAAACAAAGAAUUAAAGACCAGGCAUGGGAUGAUGUUAUACGUAAGACGAAACCAAAGGAAAGACCUUUCAAUUAUAAAGUGUUUCAGCCACUGAAUGAAGAGAAGAGCCAGUUGAGUUUAGCUGAAGUUUAUGAGCAGGAAUACAUCAAACAGACACAGGGAGAGAGAGAAGAGGAAGAGAAUCCAAAGCAUAAGGAGAUUAGGGAACUGGUUAAGAAGCUAUUCAAUCAGUUGGACUCGCUCUCUAACUAUCACUUCACACCAACAAUUGCUGAGCCUGAAGUGAAGUCCAUCCCACUCUUACCCUCAAUAUCAAUGGAGGAGGUUGCUCCUAUCACUCAUAGUGAGACUACACUGAGAGCACCAGAAGAGAUUGAGGUAAUGUACAACAAUGCAUGA